GCCUAAAACCUAUAACCAACCUCAAGCUCCAACUAACUCUUCUUCAACAUCCCAUCAAACAUGUAUGCUUCAACUUCCUUCACUUCACAAUUGCUUCAUGAGCUUCUCAUGGACUCAAGCUCCAGAAAGCUACUCCUUCAAGACCCAGUUCACGAAUCAAUCAACGUAGCUGACUUGCCCAAAUCCCCAGAUUCCAUGAGUUACAACACGACAGACUCGUAUUUCAAAGGUCGUGACUUCGAUGCAAAUGUUGUCAUGAUCCUGGCAGUGCUGUUGUGUGCUGUCAUUUGCUCCCUCGGCUUGAACUCCAUCAUAAAGUGUGUGCUGAGGUGCUCCAACAUAGUCAUCAGCGACCCUUCAAGUGUGAGCAACCCUUCAUCUCGUUUGGCCAACACAGGAAUCAAGAAGAAAGCCCUCAAGACUUUUCCCACUGUGAGCUACUCAACAGAGUUCAAACUCCCAGGUUUGGACACCGAGUGUGUGAUUUGCCUCUCCGAGUUUGUCAAUGGUGAUAAGCUACGCAUUCUGCCAAAAUGCAACCAUGGUUUCCACGUUCGCUGCAUUGAUAGAUGGCUGAGUUCACACUCCUCCUGCCCCAAGUGCAGACAGUGCCUCAUUGAGACUUGUAAGAAAAUUGUUGGAUCCCAGCCACCAGUGCCACAAACCAUUAUAAGGAUCCAACCACUAGAACAUGAAGGUUUCGAGCGUAACUAUAGGGAACUAUGCUAGUUAAUUUCUCACUCUGCUAUGAGAAACAAUCAAUUCUGUUUGAAACCUCAAAUGUAAGAUAUACUAGUUAAUUUUUUGUUACUGCAUUCUUUUCAAUGAUAUUAUGGAGUUCUUAUUACUGGAA